UGAGGCCGAAGCCGAGUAGGAAUGUGACCUGGGGUCGGCGGGGGCGCGGGAGUACGCGAGCGCAGGGAUGGGGCAGCAGGUGGGCCGCGUUGGGGAGGCUCCGGGGCUUCAGCAGCCGCAACCUCGCGGGAUCCGGGUCAGCAGUGCAGCCAGGCCCUCCGGCCGCAGGCGGGACCUGGCUGGGCGCACCACAGAGGCCGGCUUCAAUAUCUUCACCCAGCAUGAUCACUUUGCCAGCUGUGUGGAGGAUGGCUUUGAGGGAGACAAGACUGGAGGCAGUAGUCCAGAAGCCUUGCACCGCCCCUAUGGUUGUGAUGUUGAACCCCAGGCACUGAAUGAAGCCAUCCGGUGGAGCUCCAAGGAGAACUUACUUGGAGCCACUGAGAGCGACCCUAAUCUCUUUGUUGCACUUUACGAUUUCGUAGCCAGUGGUGAUAACACACUCAGCAUCACUAAAGGUGAAAAGCUUCGAGUCCUUGGUUAUAACCAGAAUGGUGAGUGGAGUGAAGUUCGCUCCAAGAAUGGACAAGGUUGGGUGCCAAGCAACUACAUCACCCCAGUGAACAGCUUGGAAAAACAUUCCUGGUACCAUGGACCCGUGUCACGCAGUGCAGCGGAGUAUCUACUCAGCAGUCUAAUCAAUGGCAGUUUCCUGGUGCGAGAAAGUGAGAGCAGCCCUGGGCAGCUGUCGAUCUCGCUCAGGUACGAGGGGCGUGUAUAUCACUACAGGAUCAAUACGACCACAGAUGGCAAGGUGUACGUCACUGCGGAGAGCCGCUUUAGCACCCUGGCAGAGCUCGUGCACCAUCACUCCACGGUGGCUGAUGGGCUGGUGACAACGUUACAUUACCCGGCGCCCAAGUGUAAUAAGCCCACAGUCUAUGGUGUGUCCCCCAUCCAUGACAAAUGGGAAAUGGAACGAACGGAUAUUACCAUGAAGCACAAGCUUGGGGGUGGUCAGUACGGAGAAGUUUAUGUCGGCGUCUGGAAGAAAUACAGCCUUACGGUUGCUGUGAAGACAUUGAAGGAAGAUACCAUGGAGGUGGAAGAGUUCCUGAAGGAAGCUGCAGUGAUGAAGGAAAUCAAGCAUCCUAAUCUGGUCCAACUAUUAGGUGUGUGUACUUUGGAGCCACCAUUUUACAUCGUGACUGAGUACAUGCCGUAUGGCAACUUGCUCGAUUAUCUCCGAGAAUGCAGCCGAGAAGAGGUGACUGCGGUGGUCCUGCUGUACAUGGCCACUCAGAUCUCCUCUGCAAUGGAGUAUCUAGAGAAGAAGAAUUUCAUCCAUAGAGAUCUCGCAGCCCGUAACUGCCUCGUAGGAGAAAACCAUGUGGUGAAAGUGGCCGACUUUGGCUUAAGUAGAUUGAUGACGGGAGACACCUAUACUGCGCAUGCUGGAGCCAAAUUUCCUAUUAAAUGGACAGCACCAGAGAGUCUUGCCUACAAUACCUUCUCAAUUAAAUCUGAUGUCUGGGCUUUUGGGGUACUGUUGUGGGAAAUUGCUACAUAUGGAAUGUCACCGUAUCCAGGCAUUGACCUAUCUCAGGUGUAUGAUCUACUGGAGAAAGGAUAUCGAAUGGAACAACCUGAAGGAUGCCCCCCUAAGGUUUAUGAACUUAUGAGAGCAUGCUGGAAGUGGAGCCCUGCUGACCGGCCAUCUUUUGCUGAAACACAUCAGGCUUUUGAAACCAUGUUCCAUGACUCCAGCAUUUCCGAAGAGGUAGCUGAGGAGCUUGGGAGAGCCGCCUCCUCCUCAUCUGUUGUUCCAUACCUGCCCCGACUGCCUAUACUUCCUUCCAAGAUGCGGACGCUGAAGAAACAGGUGGAGAACAAGGAGAACAUCGAAGGGGUACAGGACGCCACAGAAAAUUCUGCUUCUAGUUCAGCACCAGGGUUCCUUAGAGGUGCACAGGCCCCCACUGGGUCCCCAGCACUGCCUCGAAAACAAAGAGACAAGUCACCCAGCAGCCUCUUGGAAGAUGCCAAAGAGACAUGCUUCACCAGAGACAGGAAGGGAGGCUUCUUCAGCUCCUUCAUGAAAAAGAGAAAUGCUCCCACACCCCCCAAACGCAGCAGCUCCUUCCGAGAAAUGGAGAAUCAACCCCACAAGAAAUAUGAGCUCACGGGUAACUUCUCAUCUGUUGCUUCUCUGCAGCAUGCUGAUGGGUUCUCUUUCACUCCUGCCCAGCAAGAGGCGAAUCUGGUGCCACCCAAGUGCUAUGGGGGGAGCUUUGCGCAGAGGAACCUCUGUAAUGACGAUGGCGGUGGGGGCGGGGGCAGUGGCACCGCUGGGGGCGGGUGGUCUGGCAUCACAGGCUUCUUUACACCACGCUUAAUCAAAAAGACACUGGGCUUACGAGCGGGGAAACCCACAGCCAUUGAUGACACUUCCAAGCCUUUUCCAAGGUCAAACUCUACAUCUUCCAUGUCCUCAGGGCUUCCAGAGCAGGAUAGGAUGGCAAUGACCCUUCCCAGGAACUGCCAGAGGUCCAAACUCCAGCUGGAAAGGACAGUGUCCACCUCUUCUCAGCCAGAAGAGAAUGUGGACAGGGCCAAUGACAUGCUUCCAAAAAAAUCAGAGGAAGGUGCUGCUCUAAGCAGGGAGAGACCAAAAGCCAAACUUUUGCCCAGAGGAGCCGCGGCUCUUCCUCUCAGAACCCCCUCUGGGGAUCCAGCCAUUACAGAGAAGGACUCUCCAGGGGCCGGGGUGGCUGGAGUGGCAGCUGCCCCAAAGAGCAAGGAGAGGAAUGGUGGGGCGCGACUCGGCAUGGCUGGAGUCCCAGAGGACGGCGAUCAGACGGGCUGGUCUUCUCCGGCCAAGGCUGCAGCAGCCCUCCCAACCACUCACAACCACAAAGUGCCAGUCCUUAUCUCACCCACUCUGAAGCACACUCCCGCUGAUGUGCAGCUCAUUGGCACAGACUCUCAGGGCAAUAAAUUCAAACUCUUAUCUGAGCAUCAGGUCACAUCCUCUGGAGACAAGGACCGACCCCGACGGGUAAAACCAAAGUGUGCCCCACCCCCGCCCCCAGUGAUGAGACUACUGCAGCAUCCGUCCUUGUGCUCAGACCCCGCGGAAGAGCCGACCGCCCCGACUGCAGGACAGCCAGCACCAGAAACACAGGAAGGCGGGAAGAAGGCCGCUCCGGGGGCAGUGCCUGGAGGUGGGAAAGCCGGGAGGCCAGUGAUGCCUCCGCCUCAAGUGCCUCUGCCCACAUCUUCCAUCUCGCCGGCCAGAAUGGCUAAUGGCACAGCAGGUACUAAAGUGGCCCUGAGAAAAGCCAAACAGGCGGCAGAGAAGAUCUCAGCAGACAAAAUCAGCAAAGAGGCCCUGCUGGAAUGUGCUGACCUACUGUCCAGUGCCAUCACAGAACCUGUGCCCAACAGCCAGCUGGUGGACACUGGCCACCAGCUCCUUGACUACUGCUCAGGCUAUGUGGACUGCAUCCCUCAGACGCGUAACAAAUUUGCCUUCCGAGAGGCUGUGAGCAAACUGGAACUCAGCCUGCAGGAGCUGCAGGUGUCUUCGGCUGCUGCCGGGGUGCCCGGGGCCAACCCUGUCCUUAAUAACUUAUUGUCAUGUGUGCAGGAGAUCAGCGACGUGGUGCAGAGGUAGCCACUGUGAGCCUCGUGGGAAGAUGCUCACAGUUCUGAGGGGAGAGGGGGAGGGGCUUGUUUUCCUGUGUUCUUGUUUUCAAAAAAUGAAAGACUGAUACUUGAGUGUGUUUAUGUGAAGUACCUCAGAUCUCUGAGUUCUCACGUUUACAGGUUCAUCUCAAAAAUAACAAAAAGCAAAACAUGCAGGACAGGGAAAUGAGAUGGGGAGACGGAGCAGUCGUGGACAGGAUUGGAAGGUGCCCGGAACAUCAGGGAACGUGUGUGUGUCAGGCCGCGAAGAACCCAGUCCAGGCCGCUCCUACCCAGAAUGCUGCGCGGUGGUGUCGUGGGGCUGCUCUCGGCAAGGCUGCAGGCCCGUGCCUGCCCGGGGACUGGCCGUGGCACUCACUCUGCACCUCACACAGGAGGGUUGACUUGCGGCUCCACUAGGUACUAUCCGUAAUGUCGCGCCGCCUCGCCAAGUGAAUAGGGUGGAACAGAAGAAGGGAAAGCUGGGAAUGUACCGAGGGACCUUUUCUUUGAGGCUGCUGAGCGCAGCUGUUUCUGCAGAGCUCCCUGCAGUAGUAGGAACUGCAGAUCAGAUCGCUGGGUGUGCUCCCGUCCUCUUCCCCAUGGUGUGCUAGUUGGUGCAGGAAGUAAAAGAAUGCUAGGAAGUAGUCAGGGAGAUUGAAACCUCCUCCUCACAUCUUCUCCACUGAUGAGCAGAAGUCCUUUCUCCCAGUUUCGCGAUUUCCUAAUGGACCAGUAUUGGGUUUCUACUUGCUGGUGCCCAUCUAUAAAUCAUAGGCAUAGGGGUCUCCUUAGUGGUUCCUCUCUGCUCUGCGCUGGGCAGGCUGUCUUCCUUUAUCUCUGGCAGUAUUCGGGGCAUUAACCAAUGCUGAUUUUGAAAAUGGUGGUCAUGUACAGGUUCUCUUGGGAAUCCUUUUUUGAUACGGUGUCCCUGCAUACCGACAUACUGGCCAAGGAAUUGAGCAGCUCUGUAUUUUUUUAAUCAGCUAAAAUACCAGGGAGGGAGGUCUCUUCUUGGAAUCCAACAGCCAGGUUCAGAUGUCUGUGACAGAGUUUUCGAGAGGCUAACUUGGUCCCAAUCACCGUUCCUCUAUACCUUUCUCCUCCCUUAUCACCUUAGAUCCAGGCUAGGUAGAGGAUAAGGAGAAACAUUCUCUCACUCUCUGUGGAUUUCAAGUGAAUCACCCCAAAUUAUUCUCCUGUGCUUCUCUCCUUUCACAUAUCCUCCUCCCUCUUGUUGUUGUGCUUGUCUGUAAAUAUCCUAUUGGGAACACUCUUUGAUAUUUAUUUUGUCAUUUCACCUCUCCUUGAAAAAUGCGUAAUUGAGGGGGCAGGUCAUUUCCAGGAAACACUGAUUAAAUCCUAGAAACCUAAGGACUUAACCCCCAAAUGUGUUUUGCCUUGAAAAAUGGGCCUUUUCCUUUCCUGUUCAGUUACUGUUAUGGAAGCUAAUUAGGAUCAUAUGAACUGAACCUAAUCAAUUAGAUAUUACUAAUAUUCUUGAUAUCAGGUCUAAUUUUAAUUAACACUUCAUUCUCUUUUUAAAGCUUUACAACCACCUCCCACACCUGCCCAAGGAGAACCUGAUACGAGAGAAUAAAUACAUUAUUUUCCUCCCAAAGGAAUAUUAACUUAGGAAGAUAGGAAUUGAACACUGAUGGCCUGUGAGUUUUCUUCCUGGCUCUGUCAUCAAUCCACUGUCAAGCCACAGCUCCAUCUCUUAAUCUGUUAAAUGAAGGUAAUGCUACAUCUUCUUAAGGGCCAUUUGCAAAUAAGUGUAUAGCUAUCCCUUUGAGAGCCGUUUCAGUGCAGCCUUGUUACGUUGAAUGAUUUGCAUUCUCUUCUUUGCUCAGUAGUAGGUAGUGGAAAUGUUGAAGUUCCGAGAGGAUGCUAACUGGGCUAGAAUACUAAGGAGGAAGAACUAUGUUUUGGACAGAGUUUGUCAUCUUUGACCAAGGAGGAAAUUCAGUUUUCAUUAGACAGAAAACCCUGAUUCUUACUGUGGCUGCUCUGAAGGAGGCCCAGGCCAGGAGCAGGGUAGGAAGGGAGGAGACAAUCCCGGGCCUUCCUGGGAGGGUGUGGAUGAGCCGUGGCCAGAGGUUACUGACAGGCAGCACAGCCUGCUAGCCGUCCAGCAGAGUUCCCUUUAACCUGGACAUGGGCCGUGGCCCUCCCACCUUCCUCUCUGCCACUCCCCUUCAGCAGUCAUUUCCGUGAACUUGAAAUUGUUUUAGCCGUUAGCCUUUUUUAAGGGUGGGACAGGGAAAGCUAAAACUUUAGAAUAUUAUGCUGCUUUUUAAGUUUAUCUGUCAUUGUGG